AUGGCUUCAGAAACAAGUUCCCCCUCCGCCGCUGGCUCACCCACGAGCGCAACAUCAAACAUACUGACUCCAACGCGAAAAGUUCGGGCUUUGCUUGCCCAAUUCGAUGACUCGGAUUCUGAUACCGCUACUCCUCCUCGGCCUCAGCAAGUCGACAAGAAUCCUGUUGCUCAAUCCGCCCCCAGGCCGGAGAAGGACAAGCUGGAAAAUCCCUCCGAUGAUUCAGAUGAUGAUGACAUCUUAGCACCACGGCGACCCCAGUCUGCGAAGGACAUCAACUCUGAUCCACCUGCUCCUCCGCAGCACAGUUAUGAGCAUGUUAACCCUCAACCUAGCUCCCGCGUGGAGUUGAACAAGGAAGACGGAGAUUCAGACGAUUCAGAGGAGGACAACAUCUUCGCAGGACGGCGCACUUCCAACACGAACCCAAAAGGUACGCCUUCACGACGAUCACCUUCUCCGCUAUUUUUUCCGUCCCCCAAAGAGCAAAAGUCGAAAUUUCUUGCCCUCGUCGAGAAGCACAGAAAGCAACGACUCGAAAAGGAAGCAGAAGAAGCCGCCAAGCAAGCGGCCCGUGUUGAAAGCCUGAAAUCUCAAGGAGAAGGACAACAUAGGAUCCGCGGUUCAAGCCCUGCAGAUGAUACGGACGAGGAGAGUGAUUUCUCUGAGGGAGCUGCAGGGAAGAAGCUGUCAAAGCACGCACGUCCCAUACGAAAGGCAAGCAAGAAGGCUAUUGAAGAAAUGAAUCGGGAGACCCAAAGGAUCAGUCGAAACAUGCAACUUGCACAUCAAGCCCGGACAAAGAAGAAAAUAACCAAGGACAGUCUGUUGGCUCGAUUCAAUUUUCCGUUCGCAAGUUCGACACUUGAGCGAGAAGCCGACCUCUGUCCUACCAGCAGCUCUAGAGCAGCAUCAGACAACGAAGCUGGCAAUGCUCGCGAGACGCCUCCUACCAGCCCAAUCUCGGAGGAAAUCGUCAACGACCAAAAGGAGGUCGCCGUUGAAAGGCCAAACAAGGGCAAAGGAAGGGCGCUUUCUGUGGGACCCAUGGGGCAAGAAGUUCAGACCCAUUCGGUGACAGCACUCCGGGUCGACGCAUCAGACGAGCAGUCACUGAAACCUUCUGUCAAGCCGUUAGACAAAUCAGUCCUUUCCAAGAUCUCACUAGCUGCGACGACUGGGUCAGAGGAUGACGGCUCUGAUUCAGAUCUCGAAGUGGUCACCUCACACGGCGACAUGCGCAAAUAUGCGGCGUUCGAGCAUUUGCCUUCACGAAAAGCUAAAGAGGCUCCGUCAUACCUGGCAUUGCGUUCGCUUGCAAAUCUAAUUGGUGAAGAUCUCAAGCACUCUAUGAACGCAGCCGAAAUGGAAGCAUCAUUACGACGGGCCGCUCGUUCGCAGGCCCGGCAAGAAAGACAACAAAGAAUCGAAGAAUUAAAGGCCAAAGGAGUCGUUGUGCAGACAGCCGAGGAGCGGGAGCGCGAACAACAGGAGGUGGAAGAUCUUUUGGAGCGAGCGCGACAGGAAGCUGUGGAGAUCCAGAAACGUGAAAAGGCCCUUGCAAAAAAGGACGGUAGUUACACCAAGGAUGAGCUGGAUGAUGAAGACGAAAGUGACGACGAAGAUUUCGCUGAAGAUGAGGACGGUGAUCUAGAUGGGGAUUCUGAAGAGGAAGAUGGGAGUGAUGCCGAGCGCGAUGAUGGCGAUGAAGAGGAGGAAGGGAUAGAAGAUGUGGAAGGAAAUGAUGAUAUGCAGGGCAAUCUACUUGACGAUCUAGCUGAAGAACAAGAUUCCGCCGAAUCUUCUUCUUCAGAGGCCGACCCCGAUGAUGAGAACGAGCAUUCCGAUGCUGCGGUCAAAGAAGGCGGUUUGCAAACUGACUCCAUGCCACGAAAAAGCCGAAGAAAUCGAAUAGUCAGCGACGACGAAGAUGAAGACAUAUCAUCUGCGACGCUACAAUCUCCACAGCUUCCUAGGCCUGUAAAGACCCCCCAAUCCAUGUCUCGUUCAGCGAGAAAGCAGAUUCCUGGUCUGCAGAUGUCAGACGACCUUCCGAUCGGCCUAACCCAGGCCUUUGCCGCUACAAUGGCAGAUUCGCAAAGUCAGAGUACGGUGAACGCGCAAGAACAAGACAGCCUCACCAUGACGGCAGACCUUCCGUCGCCGAACAUUGCAAUGGUACCAAAACUUUACCGUCUUGAUUCGGUCGACAUGAUCACCGACAGUCAGCCAGCUUCUCAGACGCAACCACUGGAUGUCAACCUGUCGUUUUCUGGAUCUGAGCCAGUUUCACAGACCCCGGCGAAUCAUUCGCGUCUUAAUAGUGUGGACUUUACUCCUUCACAGGUGCAUUUCGAACCAACACAGGACGCGGGAUACGAACUGAGUCCUUUCCUGGGGAAUCGCUUUGCCACUGACACUCCUCAACAACCAGCACCGCACUCAACUGUGGAUACCGUCAUACUCCCGAAUGAUGUGCAAGAUAGCCCCAUCAUGCAAAGAAAGGCUAGGCUUGUGCGCGGGCGUAUAUCUCUCGAUAGGUCGGAUGAGGAGUCGACCGAAGCGAAUGAUCCAUCGGCGUUUGACAUCAUGCAAAGAGCAGCCAAACAAAAGUCUCGUGAAGCAUUUGACAAAACAAAGUCACGAGCACGAGAGGCCGUCGAUGAAGCGGCAGAAGAAUCUGAAGAUGAGUAUGCUGGCCUCGGUGGAGCAAGCGAUGAUGAGGUGAACGAGGAAGAAAAUGAAGACGACCGCAGAAUGAUUGAUGAAGAUACGGAGGUCGGAGUGGGCGAUGCAGCCAGACUGGCCAAGCUCUUUGCAGAUCGUGAACGUCAGCAAGACGAAGCGGCCGUCUCCAAGCUGCUGAAAGACAUCACGACGGGUGCAUUACGGCGAAAGCGUGCUAAUGACGACCUUGACCUCUCGGACGAAGAAGAUGCCGUAAUCAGAAGAAGGGAAGCCAAAAGAAGAGAGUUUGCCAAAAUGCGCCGAGAACUACUAAAAGAUGAAGCUGUCGGCAAGAUUGCGGACGACAAGAAGAAGGAAGCAUUUCUGCGAAGCAUUGAGGACCGGCCAGACAGCGAUGACGAUGGAGAUGACCUCGAUCUCUCGGAGACUCCAGUCGAGGGCGAUUCUCGGGUAAAGGAUAGUCAGAAUGCACAGCAGGACGAAGGUAUUGAUGCUCAGGAAAGAAUGAAUCAACCCCCAUUAACAGGCAGUGCCCGAGCCCUCACAAUCACAGCAGGAUCAAAGCUGAAUCAAGCUGGACGAUCAAGUCGUCCCACCCAUGUUCUUCACAACAGAAGGCCCGGCACUCUCGCCGAGAUUCGAGAAUCCGUAUCGUUUCUCAUCGAGGAGCCAGAUUCACAGGCGGGGACUAUCGAUCUUGGUCUCUCCGAUUCGGAAGAUGAUCCCGAGGCAUACGUAGAUCUCGACCGACAUCUGUAUUCGGCUGCAGCGGAUGAAAAUGCCGAGGAAGGGGACGAUCUGGGUGAUUUUAUUGUCGACGAUGAUGGGCACGCCAAAGCCGAGGGCACGUUCAAGAAGCCCGCUUUACCUUCCGGCGACAGUCGAGCCCCAUUCUCGGAACGACGGACCAAAGAGAGGACAAACGUUGUCAACCGGCUGAGCAUGCUCCGUCAAGCAUCAUCCUCUUCUGGGUCCUCGGGCAGCACCAAGUUGGCGUUCUUGAGCGCAAGCAACUCAAUCAGCGGUGCCUUCAACAAGGUGCCCAGUCUGCUUCGCCGCGCAACGACCAACUCAAGCCUGGGGAGCAUGGCUGGCCGGGAUGAAAAUGUAUCUGCAACCGGGGUGGUAACGAACAAGACUGAGCGAGGCAAUGCCAGCGAAGAAAAGGAGUUUGUAAGGAAAGGCUCUGGUAGUCGAAGAAACGCGGUCAACUACCGACCCACGAUCCGCGAGGAGAAGAUGAGCCAACGAGCGGGGAUUGCAAAGAAGAAGGCGGCCAAGAUCAAAAAGAGUGGAUUCUUGGGAGGUCUUUUUGGAAGAGAUAGUUGGGCCUGA